CUCUCAAAAUCAGCUAUGCAAUGGAAAAGGAGACUGUCCAGAUGCAUUUGAUGAGAGUGACUGUGUUUUCAAGUGUAAAAGCCCAACUGAUUUCUUGUGCAGUGAUCGGCGAAAGUGCAUCCCCAAAAUGUACGUGUGUGAUGGUCGUGCCCACUGUCCAGAUGGCUCAGAUGAGAGGAAGUGCAAAUCACCUGAUCGGGAUUCACCUUCCUCCAGGGAUAAGUUCUCUCCUUUAAAAUGCCGAAACGGCUUCCAAGCUUGUAAAGAUGGUCUAGAGUGUGUGAUGUACAGCCAUGUGUGUGACGGAGAGAAGGACUGCCAGGAUGGAUCGGAUGAAGAGGGAUGUGCUGCUCAAUGCCAAAUAGAGGAGUUUGAGUGUCAUCAUGGUAAUAGAUGCCUCCGAAAGGAGCAGGUGUGUGACGGACAAUAUGACUGUCAAGACCGAUCUGAUGAAAUGAGCUGUGAAAGUCAACACUUGGGCUGCCAUCACCGCUGCGAUAACAGAACGCGCUGCAUACCGGAGACCUUUCUGUGUGAUGGCGAGAGAGACUGUGCUGAUGGCUCUGAUGAAGAAAAGUGUGGUUUGACAUUCUGUGAAGUUGAGCAGUUCCGCUGCAAUAGCGGUCAGUGCGUGUCGGUGGCUCUUCGUUGUGACGGAUAUGCGGACUGCAAUGACCGGUCUGAUGAGGCGGACUGCUCGAGACCACCGCGCUGCCCCUCGCAGCUGCGAUGCGCUCACAGUCACGAGUGCCUGCAGAGUGAGUGGCUAUGUGAUGGUGAGAACGACUGCAAGGAUGGCUCAGAUGAGAAGAACUGUUUGACCAAGGCAACACCGUGUAGACAAUUCCAGUGGCAGUGUGGAAGCAGCAGUCAAUGCAUCCCUCAGUCCUGGAGGUGUGACAGAAAGAGGGACUGUCACAAUGGUGUGGAUGAGGACAAAUGCAAACAGAGAAGGUGCCCUUCUCACCUUUACCAGUGUGGCAGCAGUGAGUGUGUGGACCUGCGACUGGUGUGCAGCGGCUUUAUCAACUGUGCUGACAGUUCAGAUGAGGGUGUGGGAUGCACACUGCGCAACUGCUCUAGUCCAUCAGCGCCUCACUGUGAUCAUAGUUGUGUCAGCACUCCAAAUGGACCGAGAUGUUACUGUGCAGCAGGUUUCACACUACAUUCUGAUGCCGUGUCCUGUGUGGACACCAACGAAUGCAAUUUAAUGCAGAACGACGCAUGCAAACACACCUGCCUCAACACCCAUGGGUCAUAUGUGUGCCAAUGCCAUCCUGGCUUCUACCUGGAGCCUGACAACAAAAGCUGUAAGACCAAGGAUGAGGCACUGCUUGUGGCAUCUGUUCAGUCAGAGCUGUUAAUCCUUGGAGUUCAAAGUGGAACCUUGAGUCUUCUGUCUUCCACCAACCGGCCAGUCUUCUCAUUGGAUUACCACUGGGCUCAGCAGAAGGUUUACUGGCUCAGUCCAGACUACCAGAGCAUCCGCUGGGCUGACAUGACAAAGGACUCCACCAACAAAGGGACACUUAUCAAAGGAGUGAAGUCAGAGUUCAUUGCGGUGGACUGGGUUGGCAAGAACCUGUACUGGGUGGACGGGCUUGUGGGCCAGAUUCAGGCGGUCCGUCUCAGUGACACCAGAUUGAAGUCACAGGAUUACACAGUGGUACUGGCUGAAGAUCUUGAGCAGCCACGCUCGCUAGUGCUGCUCCCACACAAAGGAUGGAUGUUGUGGUCUGAGAUUGGCAGCACUCCUCAGAUCCAGCGUUCGGGGAUGGAUGGAUCAAAGAGGAAGGUGGUGGUGGGCAGCGGUUUGAGCUGGCCUGUAAGUUUGGCCUACGAUUUCCUGGAUGACCGCAUUUACUGGGCUGAUGAGAAGUUGCACUGCAUUGGCUCUGCCUCUCUGGAUGGAGAUAAUGUCAAGAUUCUCCAGUUGGCUGAAACUCCUAGCCCUUUCUCAGUAGCAGUCUUCAAUGAUCGCCUUUUCUGGUCUGACACAAAGAGAAGAACCGUCCGCUCAGCUGACAAGAACACUGGGAAAGACCAGAAGAUUCUUCUGAAAAGACCAGGGCAGCCUUUCGGGAUAAAGCUGAUGCAUACCCUCUCCCAGCCCGCUGUAAUCAACCCCUGUGACCAGCUGCAGUGCUCCCACCUGUGUCUUCUGACAGCCGGCGUUGCUGUGAUGGAGCCAACAGCAGUCUGCCGCUGUCCAAAGGGGUUGCUACUUUCUAAGGAUAAGAUCAGCUGCUCUCUACCUUUGGAAUCCACUUUCAUACUGCUUCUCUCAUAUACAACAGUCUAUCAGGUGAUGGUUUACUUUGAGUCUUUGCGUCAUGAUGGCGUUGGUCUGAAAAAUAUGCCCAACAGUCGAGUGUUGGUCAUUCCUGGAGUUGUUGAGGCCUCUGGGCUUGAUUUAGCCUUCCAAGCCUUGUCCUUGUAUGUAGCUGAUGGUGGACAAGGUACUGUAGAUGUGCUGAACUUAAGUGGACCCACGUCCAGACAGGGACUGACACCGGCAGGACGAGUUAUGCAACUAAAGGAUGAGUCUGUCAUGGCUCUGGCUGUGGACUGGGUGACCUUCAACAUCUACUGGAGUAGCACCAGACGGGCUAAUCUCCAUGUGACCACCCGCCGUAAUGGCUUCACCACCUCUCUGCUGCAGGGAUCACUUAAGACAACAUCCAUUGCGGUGCAUCCCCCCUCAAGUCAACUUUGCUACACAGCCCUUGUAGCCAGUAAGAGUCAGACUGAGGUGAGCUGUGCCUGGAUGGAUGGCCGCAAUAAAGCAGUACUUUGGACAAAGUCAAUCAUCCCCACAUCACUGGUCUUUUCCAAUAAAGGAACCACAAUCUACUGGGCUGACACAGGUUUUGAUUUUAACCCUAUUUUUCUUGGAAGGUAUGUUGGAUAG